UUCAAGAAGUCAUUAUAAACGCUAUAAACGCUUAAACUUUACACGUUCUGCAUAACGUCAUUUGCUGUGCGUUCAGGUUGUUCCCGCCUUCAUUCGCAUGCUGCCCCCUGAUUGGCCCAGGUCCCUGUCAGUCAGCAAUGCGCUGGAGUGGAAUAACAGUAGAUUUCCCAGAGAGCGCGCGCCGGAGUGUCAUCGGGCUGCUGUGAGCCGCGGUGUGUGUAAUGUCAAUCCUGUCGCCUCACACAAGACAGCUCGUAGCAGAGAUGAAGGCGGACUCGGACUCGCUCUGAUCGCUGCAUCCCGGUUUCAUUCAGCAAAACCCUGUCCCAUGUGAAAAAGGGCAAAGCACUGGACUGCAUUUGCCCACUUCUAAUAUGGCGGCGCUCAGCCCGGUUGGAUCGCUGACUGUUCUCUUUUUAUUUGUCACCGGCGCUCUGAUAAGCCGCUCGGACGGCAGAGACGCGGCGGAGGAGACCGUCAUCAUCGGCCUGCGUCUCGAAGACACCGACGACGUGUCAUUCAUGGACCGAGGCUUCCUGCGCGUUAGCGAGAGAUCGCGCGUGAAGUUGCGGGUCUACGGGCAGAACAUUAACAACGAGACGUGGUCCAAGAUCGCGUUCACGGAGCAGGAGCAGAGCAGCGGCGUGUCCGGGGUCGCAGACGCUCCAGCCGGGUACAGCCAAGCCUUCCAGCCUUGUGGCAUCCGAUCGUCCGAUAUCAUCAUUCUCCCCAACGUGGAUGUGAGCCGAUCCACGUCCGGCGUCAUCGAGAUAGAAGUGAAACCCCUGCGCAAAACCGAGAAGAGCAAAGUAUACUACAUGUGCGUUGCCGCACCAACACCUGCUGCCGGCGGUGCGAACGACGCGUGGUCUGAACACACCUGGAUCUACCACGAGGGGCAGGAUACCAAAAUGCUCGUCGUGGAGGAGAAGAAGUUCCUGCUGCCUUUUUGGCUGCAGGUAAUAUUUAUUGCAAUGCUGUUGUGCUUGUCCGGCAUGUUCAGUGGACUGAAUUUGGGUCUCAUGGCCCUCGACCCCAUGGAGCUCAGGAUAGUCCAGAACUGUGGCACAGAGAAGGAAAAAAAAUACGCAAACAAGAUUGAACCGGUGAGGAGUCAAGGAAACUAUCUGCUUUGCUCACUGCUAUUGGGGAACGUACUCGUGAACACCACCUUGACCAUUUUGCUGGAUGAUAUCGCAGGCUCUGGUCUGAUCGCUGUGGUUGUAUCAACCAUCGGUAUUGUGAUAUUUGGAGAAAUUGUGCCACAAGCAAUAUGCUCGAGGCACGGGCUUGCUGUUGGUGCAAACACCCUGGUUUUAACCAAGUUCUUUAUGAUCCUCACUUUCCCUGCAUCGUAUCCUGUCAGUAAACUUUUAGACCAUGUGCUGGGACAGGAGAUUGGCACGGUGUACAACCGAGAGAAGCUCCUUGAGAUGCUCAGGGUUACUGACCCAUACAAUGAUUUGGUCAAGGAGGAGCUAAACAUCAUUCAGGGUGCUCUGGAGCUCAGGACUAAGACUGUGGAGGAUGUUAUGACUCCUCUGCGUGACUGCUUUAUGAUUGCAGCUGAUGCGGUCCUUGACUUUAACACCAUGUCGGAGAUCAUGGAGAGCGGCUACACGCGCAUCCCUGUGUUUGAAGGGGACAGGUGCAACAUUGUAGAUCUCCUCUUUGUCAAAGACCUGGCCUUUGUAGACCCAGAUGACUGCACUCCACUGAAAACUAUCACAAAAUUCUACAGCCACCCCCUGCACUUUGUCUUUAAUGACACCAAGCUGGAUGCAAUGCUAGAAGAGUUCAAGAAAGGGAAAUCUCACCUGGCCAUUGUGCAGAGAGUCAACAAUGAAGGAGAAGGAGACCCUUUUUACGAGGUUUUGGGUAUUGUUACACUAGAAGACGUCAUCGAGGAGAUCAUUAAGUCUGAGAUUUUAGAUGAAACCGAUCUUUACACUGACAACAAGACAAAAAAGAAGGUAACUCAUCGGGAAAGGAAGCAGGAUUUCUCAGCGUUUAAACCGACAGACAACGAACUUGGGGUCAAAAUAUCACCACAGCUUCUACUGGCUGCCCUGCGUUUCCUAGCAACUGAAGUAGAGCCGUUCGGCUCAGCCCAAAUGUCAGAGAAAAUCCUCCUGCGUUUGCUCAAGCAUCCCAACGUGAUCCAGGAGCUCAAGUACGAUGACAAAAACAAGAAAAUGUCAGAGCACUAUCUAUUUCAGAGAAACAAGCCUGUUGAUUACUUCAUCCUCAUCCUGCAGGGAAAGGUAGAGGUUGAGGCUGGCAAAGAGGGAAUGAAGUUUAAAGCUGGACCCUUUUCCUACUAUGGAAUGAUGUCCUUAACAUCAUCACCAGUUCCACUUUCCUUGUCGCGAACCUUCGUAGUGAGCAGAGCAGAAUCUCUUGCAGGAUCUCCAGAGAAUAAGUCACCUCCUCGACCUUUUGGACUGAACCACUCAGACUCAGUGAACCGGAACGAGCGCAUGGAAGCCCUCACUCCCACUCUGGGCAGCAGCAACAACCAGCUCAACGCCUUCUUACAGAUCUACGCACCGGACUACUCCGUUCGCGCGGCCUCUGACUUGCUCUACAUUAAGGUGUCCCGGCAGCAGUAUCAGAACGCUGUCAUGGCGUCCCGCAUGGACAAGACCCCUCAGUCUUCAGACAGUGAGUUCACCAAGAUAGAGCUGACUCUGACUGAACACCAGGACGGACAAGGAGUCGAAUCGGCCUCGCUGCUCAUUCAACAGCAGAACUCAACUAACACACACAAACCCAACCACAUAACACACACUGAUGGAACGAUCUAAAGGAGACGGGAAAUGGGUCAGGUGAGAGGAUGGAAAUAUUUUCAGCGAGCACCAUUUGGGAAGCUUUCACUGGGCAGCUUCUCUGGGAUCAACAGAAUCCUGUGAUUUUUGUUUUCCACACUUAUAGACUUUAUUGGGGAUAAGAGGGCAUGGUGAAACACGACAGACUACAGAAUGGGAAGCGCUCACACAGUGAGCAGUGAGCCAGCAGAUCCACUCUGAUCCAAGAGCAGAAAGUGAGGGAGAGAGACUCAGGAGGCUGCAGCACUGUCCGCUGUUCUUCACCACUCCAACUCAUAUUUUAACAGACAGAAUGCCAGUUCUUGCCACAUCGCCUCCUGCCAUUAAGGAUCUAUCACAGGCUUCUACCAGAUGUGGCAGUGCAAAUAAAAAAGCAAAAAGCAGUGCUUUGGAACUGGUAGACACCGUUCAGGGAUAGGAGCAUGCAU